CAGGAUUUUUCUCCCCUCCUAAUAUUUUAUAUCUUUGUUGUAACCAUUUUGAAAGAUAAUCGAAAUACUAAUGUAAUGAUUGGGAUUCAACAACCUGGGCACGACUCUCUCGACAAAUGUUGAUUUUAAUGGAAUGUUCCCUACCCUCAGCCUGUUCCCUGCCCUCAGCCUUAUGACGAUGAGGAUGACUCCAUAUGCUGGAACCAUUUCUUUAUCCCUCUGUCCUAUUACAUUUCAUAGGCUAGAAAGCGGACAGGAAAAUGGAGAGAGAGAGGAGAGGAUGAAGAGAAGUGGCCCGAAGGAAUGGAAGAAGCCCCAGAGCAGAACCAGAGGGAGGGAGGGAUAACUGCUGUGACAUGAGAGUGAUAGAGAUCACAGAAGACCUCAAGACCUUUCAGCUGUGGGGCCAGUAGACCUACGCGCUCCUGGAGCCAGAGGACAAGACCAGGGGCAAGAAGAGACCGUCUGCAUUCAUUUCCAAGCCUUUCGUCUCUCUACACACUUUUUUUCAACACAGGGCGCAAUUAUGAAACGGAUUUCAGUCAUUGAAGUAGAAUGUAACAACAACAAAAAAGGAAUCGAGUGUCUUCUGUGAAACAUUAAAUAGCCAUCCUCUGAUAACCCGGUAGAGAGAGCUGUCUGAAAAGUGACUUGAGAUAUGAGGGAUAAUGGCUGUCUUUGUAGUGUCCUUCUUGCUCUCAGAGAGAGAGAGAGAGAAAUGAUAGGCCCAGUCGCCCACUGUGCUCAUCUCUCUGAUUCUCCAAGCGUCAGACUGUCAACCUUGUUCACUAUCAGCCCCCGUUCGCCCCGGUGAACAUUCAACGCUGUCGGUGAGUUUUGAGCUAAAUUGACAAAGACCAUCGACCGUUGAUUGUACCCUGUGGCCAGCCCUUUUCUCUUGAUGAUCGACGCCCUUUUCGCUUGAUGAUCGACGCGCAUGGCUACUAACUCAUUAUAACCAGAGGAAGAACACUAUGGUCCCAUCUGCCCCUCCACCCACGCCCCACCACACCACUACCACACCCCACCACUACCCCGCCUCACCACUACCACACCCCGCCCCCUCCACCCACGCCCCACCACACCACUACCACACCCCGCCCCUCCACUACCACACCCCGCCCCUCCACCCACGCCCCACCCCGCCCCUCCACCCACACCCCACUACCACACCCCGACCCUCCACCCACACCGCACCACUACCACACCCCGCCCCCUCCACCCACGCCCCACCACUACCACACCACACCCCGCCCCCUCCACCCUACCACACCCCGCCCCACCACUACUCCACCACUACCACACCCCGCCCCUCCACCCACACCACUACCACGCCCCGCCUCACCACUACCACACCCCGCCCCUCCACCCACACCACACCCCGCCCCCUCCACCCACACCACUACCACGCCCCACCACUACCACACCCCACCACUACCACACUCCACCCACACCACGCCCCGCCUCACCACUACCACACCCCGCCCCUCCACCCACACCCCGCCCCCUCCACCCACGCCCCACCACUACCCCGCCUCACCACUACCACACCCGCCCCUCCACCCACAUCACACCCCGCCCCCUCCACCCACACCCCACCACUACCACACCCCGCCCCCUCCACCCAACCCAGCCCCUCCACUCCACCCCAGCCCCCUCCACUCCACCCCAGCCCCCAUCCUGUAUCCUUCCUUCAGAACAACUCUGCUGAAAGAAAAGCUUCUGGCCCCAAACCACAACAAAGGUCACAAUCAACAUUCAUUGCUGUCGGUGGGUUUAACUAUAUGGAAAAACUCGCUGAACAAUGAAUGCAACUGUGUCCCAGAUUUUCACAGCAAUCGACCAUCAGAGGGGAUCUCGUUCUGAUAUGCUGAUUCUGGUAUGUGUGUGUGUAUAUAUAUAUAUGUAUGUGUAUAUAUGUGUAUAUAUAUAUAUAUAUAUAUAU